AUGCUCAACCUGUCCUCGCUCGCCUGGAAGAAGCUCCUGCUCGGUUCUGCACAGCUGUUUGCGAUACUCGAUCCUGCCGGCGAUUUCACUGACGGUAGCGACCUCUCGAGAACCUUCAGCGACAUCACAGACACCACACACGCCAGCAUCAUGUCGUGGCUCAACAUCGCCCCCGAGUCGCACUUUAGCAUCGCCAACAUCCCCUUUGGCGUCAUCUCGACGCAGGGCGAUGCGACGCCGCGCCCUGCCGUGGCCAUUGGCGACUAUGCGCUCGACCUCAAGGCGUUUGCGGCGGGCGGCGGCUUCGACGCCAGCGCCGACAUCAAGAAGAGCGCCGCCGUCUUCUCGUCGCCGACGCUCAACGCCUUUGCCGCGCAGGGCCGGAGCUUCCACCGCGCGGUGCGCGCCCACCUGCAGGCGGUGCUGAGCGCCGACACCAAGCACCCGCAGGCGCUGCGCGACAACGAGGCCCUUCGCAAGACGGCCCUCGUCCCGCGCGCCGAGGUGACCAACCACCUGCCCAUGGCCGUCGGCGACUACACCGACUUCUACGCCGGCAAGAACCACGCCUACAACGUCGGCGUGCUGUUCCGCGGGCCCGACAACGCCCUGCAGCCCAACUACCUGCACCUGCCCGUCGCCUACCACGGCCGCGCCAGCAGCGUCGUCGUCUCGGGCACGCCGCUGCGCCGCCCGUGGGGCCAGAUCCUCAAGGACCCCAAGGCCGAGCCCAAGGUGCCCGCCCUGGACACGGCGCAGAAGCUCGACCUCGAGCUCGAGAUGGGCAUGUUCAUCUGCCGCGAGAACCAGCUCGGCAGCCCGGUGCCCGUCGACGAGGCCGACGACUACAUCUUUGGCUACGUGCUCAUGAACGACUGGAGCGCGCGCGACCUGCAGGCGUGGGAGUACGUCCCGCUCGGUCCCUUCACGGCCAAGAACCUCGGCACGAGCAUCAGCGCCUGGGUCGUCCUGGCCGAUGCCCUCGCCGAUGCCAAGGGCGCCGGCAUCCCCAACGACACGCCCCUGCUGCCGUACCUGCAGGAGAAGAAGAAGGACAAUGUGCUGCAGAUUGACCUCGAGGUCGACCUCAUCACCGCCAACGGCAACAAGACCACAAUCUCCAAGACCAACUCGAGGAACCUGCUGUGGUCGUGGCCGCAGAUGAUUGCCCACCACUCCAUCAGCGGCUGCAACCUGCGGCCAGGCGACCUCUUUGGCUCCGGCACCAUUUCCGGCACCGAGCCCAACACGCAGGGCAGCAUCCUGGAGCAGACGCAGGGCGGCAAGGUGGCGAUGCAGCUGGCCGGCGGCGAGGAGCGCAAGUUCCUGCAGGAUGGGGACACGCUCGUCAUCCGCGGCUGGGCGGGCAAGGAGGGCGCGCUGGUCGGCUUCGGCGAGGUGUCGGGCAAGAUUCUGCCCGCUCACCCUUUGUUUUAG